AUGGCUUCGCAAGCUAGCCUUCUCCUUCAGAAACAACUCAAAGAUCUCUGUAAGCAUCCUGUUGAUGGAUUCUCUGCUGGUCUCGUUGAUGAGAAGAAUAUAUUCGAAUGGAGCGUUACCAUUAUCGGACCUCCUGAUACUCUCUAUGAAGGAGGAUUCUUUAACGCGAUUAUGACAUUUCCGCAAAACUAUCCGAAUAGUCCGCCAACCGUGAGGUUUACUUCGGAUAUGUGGCAUCCUAACGUUUAUUCUGAUGGUCGUGUUUGCAUAUCUAUUCUUCAUCCUCCCGGUGAUGAUCCUAGCGGUUAUGAGCUUGCAAGCGAGCGUUGGACUCCUGUUCAUACAGUUGAGAGUAUUAUGUUGAGUAUCAUAUCAAUGCUUUCUGGUCCUAACGAUGAGUCUCCAGCAAAUGUUGAAGCUGCCAAAGAAUGGCGAGAUAAGAGAGAUGAGUUCAAGAAGAAAGUGAGCCGUUGUGUCAGAAAGUCUCAAGAAAUGUUUUGA